AUGGCGGCGAUGAAGAUGUCGGUUGCCGUGCAAAAUGGCCGAAUUCAAAUUUUUCUUUUAAUUUUCUCGUCAUCGGUCGUUUUAAUUAUCGCUCAGGAUACUAACGUCGUACCAUAUUUUCCUAACAAAGAAAAUAAUUCUAGUUUGGAAUUUGUUGGAAAGAUAAUCGACUCGACUUUUCAUCCGGAUUCUACACAGGCUUCUUCGGUUCAUAUAUCUCAGCAACUUUUACCACCGAGUUAUUAUCUUCCUGCAUUGCAGCCACCAAUCGUUCAUCACCGAAGCGAGAGUUUACCUUACGCCUUUGAAUAUCCAAACAUUGGUUACCCAGUUGUGCAAAAUGUAGAACAUGCGAUAGCACCACCAACUUCUAAACAACUUGUGAUAGUCAGCUUCAUUGGUUUGCUCUUGUUACUUGCUAUCAUUCAAAACACAUUAGUUUCUUCUAAAAGAAAAGAUGCAUUGAUAGAUGUAAUUCCAUCCAAACGUAAACGCGACGUUCAUUCUACUUACGAUUUUCAUAAUGUUACACCAGAAGAAGAAAUUGUGCUAAACGAUGACGCACGUGUACGUUGCAUUCAAAGAACAAUUUGUUUAGAAAAUCAUAAAUUAUUUCAAGAUCUUGGCUUGAUUGGAAAAUUACUCGGUAAAUAUUUGACAAGGAACGUUGAAAAAUCAGUUCAAUCGUCAACAGGAUGGGAUCGAUUGAUCGAUGAUGCAGGAUCGGCUGGAAUACGUGGUGAAAAUUGUGAUCUUUUGUACAGGGAUUGCGACGUUCCCAUAAAUAUUCUAUCAUCGAAAAGAAAGAACAAAUUUGACUCGAAAGAAGUUACACAUAAUACGAAUUCUAACUAAUAUAAUAAUCGAUAUAAAAAAAUCAUCGAUUAUUAUUAAUUUAAAUAAUAUCUGCGUAAAAAACUCGUUCACACAUAAUCCACGAAUAUUUUAUAUCUUUCAUAUAUUACUCGUAAUUAAUUAAUUCAUUCAUUAUUAUUAUUAUUAUCAUUUCUUUUUCUUCUCUUUUUUUUUUUCUUUUUUUUUUAAAUUUGUGAUAGGAAUUGUACUAAUAGUAAGAUUUUGUAUGGCGAAAUGAAAGGCGAGCGAUAUUAAUGACUUUUAAUUUUAAUUACAAUAUGCUGAAUUGUGUUUUUUUUUUUUGUUUUGUUUUUGUAUUGUUCUUUAUCCGCUACAAACAUCGACAUCUAGCCUGAACUAUUUUGAAAUAGCAGUCCGCUCUAUACACACACAAUUUUAUACUUUCUCUCUCUCUCUCUCUCUCUCUCUCUCUUUCU